GCCGGUCAGAUCACCGGCCGCCGCGUGCUAUAAAUUAGCUCUUCCUCUCCCCCUUCCUCCGUACUCCACCUCGACCACCGUUGCCGUUCGCCGCCACCCACAGCUCAGACCAACCACCAUCCCAUUCCACGCCGCAGCAGCCCAGCCGGAGCCCGGAGCACGCGCGAUGGGAGGAGUCGUAGCGGAAGUCGAGUGCGACCGGAUCAGGGGGCCCUGGAGCCCGGAGGAGGACGAGGCGCUGCGGCGGCUCGUGGACCGCCACGGCGCGCGAAACUGGACGGCGAUCGGGCGCGGGGUGCCCGGCCGGUCGGGCAAGUCGUGCCGCCUGCGGUGGUGCAACCAGCUCUCGCCGCAGGUGGAGCGCCGCCCCUUCACGCCCGACGAGGACGCCGCCAUCGCCGCCGCGCACGCCAGGCUCGGCAACCGCUGGGCCGCCAUCGCGCGCCUGCUCCACGGACGCACCGACAACGCCGUCAAGAACCACUGGAACUGCUCACUCAAGCGCAGGCUCGCCGUCGCCGUUGAGCUGGACCGGCCCUGCAAGCGGGCGAGCGUCUCGCCGGAGAGCAGCCCGUCGGGAUCCGGGUCCGACCGCAGCGACCUCAGCCAUGGCGGCGGCGGCGUGUUCCACGGGCAGGUGUACCGCCCGGUGCCGCGUGCCGGCGGGUUCGAGCCGGCCGACUGCGCCAUGAGCCGGCGGCACGAGGUGGUGGAGGAAGAUGGGUCGGAGGACCCGCUCACGUCGCUCACUCUCUCCCUCCCCGGCACGGACGCCGUUCACCAUGUGUUCCUCAACGACAGCUCAAACAGCAACUUCCACCAACCGCCUUCGCCCUCCCCGUCGCUGCCACCCGCUCCAGCGCCCUACCAUUUCACCCCUGCGUUCGCGGCGGCGAUGCAGGACAUGAUCCGCGACGAGGUGCGCCGGUACAUGGCGGGUGUAGGGUGCGGCGCUGACCUGUCCAUGCCGCAGGUGGUGGAGGGAGUGAUGCGCGCGGCGGUGCAGCGCGCUGCCGGAGUAGGCAGGAUGCAGUGAUCAAUCUAGGACAGCCGCAAUCUGCUCAGUGUAGCAUUUCGCUUCAUUCUUUAGGAUCUGAACUGAAAUUAGCAAUGGGAGAAACGAAAACAGAGUAAGAAUCGGGCAAAGCUAGGCUAAGCCGAAGCUUUGCUUCAGUCUGUACAUACAUGAAUGGAAAGAAAGAUGUGCUGAAGUUCCAA